AUUUCGGAGGUAUCGGAUCUCUCACGUCCCUGUUCUCCUCUUUCCCGCACCACGCGCCACUAAAACCACGCAACGAACACGGAUCGUGUUUACACAAAUGAGGACUGUUGAUUGAAUCGAUACAGAAACAAAUGUGCUUCGUAUAGAAGAUACCUGUCAGUGUACUUUGUCUCUGGUUUCUUCUUUUUUUUUUAACGAAAGUGAACGUGUGAGGGUGGAUAAGAAUCAUUGAAGACAAGUGCGAUAUCGAGUCUAUAUCGACAUGGAGAUCUCGUUGUUCCUCGUUUUUGCCUGGUGCAUCACCGUCGUCACCGGUUUCGAUCUUGGCCCGAUCGUCAGGAUCGCACAGUGCAGAUCGCAGUGCCUGAGGAAGCACACUGUUGAUGGAAAUUGCGAUUGGUACUCGGGACAGCAACAAACUACUUGUAGCUCGUGCUGGCAGUACUGCGAGGCACUCGAGAACCGGUGGGAGAAGGCCAGAACCGUUUGCGAGGGCGACCAGUAUCCACAUUGUCCAGCUUGCCAGACAGCCUGCAACUUCCGUAAGACCAGGGUAGAAGAAAAGUAUUUGCCAUCAAUGCUAUCAGCGCCAAGGAAGGCUCCCAUCAACCUGGACAAAUUCGACGUGGCAGUAGUGAUGCGUAAACUAUACAAACAAUGGCAAGUAGAUGGAUACUACCCAGGUGACCAUGUGCCAAACUUGAGACCAGACACCUGGAUCAUCGUAGCGGUCGAAGACGGAGUGAAGCACUACAGUUGGCAGGAAUGGGUUCCAAAGCUGGAGUCCUUGAAAGAAGGACCUCUGUAUGAAGCAACCAUCUCCUGGAAAGACGUUCAGACCCAGUUGCAGAAGCAGAGAGCCUUGGAGCAAGUGAGGUUCAACAAUCGAGUGAGGCAAUUCUUUCUAGAAAAAUAUGGAGAAAAAGUUCUCGCUGAAUGGAGAAGUCAAGAGGACUCUCAGAUCUCGGAGGACAUAUUUAGAAGAUUCUUCUUCAGAAGGAAAGACGAUCGAGCUGACGAUUCACUGGAAGCUGAUAAUACUCCUUCCACGAGCAGUGCAUACAACGAUCGAGCAGACAGAGAUCAAUCAGGCAACAAGGAAGCUUACAUAGUCUCCUGGGAACCGGAGACUGGAGGUCUAAUGGGGAACCAAGUGGCAGACUCGAAUUCAGCACAGAUCUCUUUGCUACCUGGCACUAAGUACCUCGUUAGAAUUGCUUCCAACGAUGGACCAGGAAGCUUCCCCAUCGAAGUAGACACCAGGCCCACUUCUGUUCAAGCAGAGAAGAUUGAGACCAAUUUUCUACCUGAUCUCUACCCUUGGGACAUCUUUGCGGCGUCCGUUUCCGCAGCUUUCUUGGUAGUGGUCGUUGGCAUAGUGAAGAUUUGCAGGAAGAGGAAGACCGUUGAGGUGGAAGAAGUUUGAUUGGUGAUAAUGAUUGCGUAUCGUUGGUGACGAUGAUUUACUCAGGGAUACUUUCAGCUUCGAGAAGCUAACUUUGGAGGAGAGAGAUGAGGGAGGAGGAUUGUGGCUGGAUUAUUGUCAUGAUCGAUGUACAAAUGACUGAAUUGAUCUCUUGGGAAAGUUCGCUAGUAUUUUGGGCUGAAUUGUUACACUUGAUGCUACAAAAUUGAUGAAUUUUUCCUGCUUAGUAAUUGCUAACAGAGAAUCGAAGAAGCAGUUUUUAUCUUAAUAUGGCAAAUACUAAAAAUUCUCGUGGCUUUUUCGAGGAGAUCGAUUCGUCAGUGAGUGUAAAUUUGAUCGUAGAUGUAAGUAGGUUAAAUAAUGAUGUAAAAUAGUUGUUCAAAUCAUGUAAGCGUUCCAUAGAGACGUCAAUAACCGUGAACGGAAGAGAUGGAAUCAACGUCUAACCGAAGGAGUGUGCAAAAGAACUUAAGAACCUCAGUAGAGAUUAGAAAUAAAUAAUAAAUAGUCGCGGCAGUCUUUGAAGCA